AUGUUUGGUGAAUUUCAUCAUUUGUAUAGAGAAUUACGUGACAGUGAAAAUUUGUUUAACGCAUACACGAGAAUGUCUACAACAACUUUUGAUUAUAUUGUUGAAAGUAUAAAACCUGAGUUAAAUCUCAAAUCGACCAAUUUCCGAGAUCCAAUUAGUGUGGAAGAAAGACUACUUGUGACAUUGCGGUACUUAGCAACAGGAUUAGCUUUUAGGCAGCUAGCACUAACAUUCAGAAUAUCUAAAUCAGGAGUAGUAAAAAUGGUCAUUGAGGUGUGCAAAGCUAUUUGGUCUGACGAGUUCUACGAAAAAUGGAACUUUCCUAAUUGUGUGGGUAGUAUUGACGGGAAACACAUAAGAUUGAGGUGUCCUAAAAACUCAGGAAUUGUCGACGCCAAAUAUAGAUUUAUAAUGAUAAACGUUGGCGGUUGUGGUAAGAAUAGUGAUGGUGGUAUUUUGUGCGAUACAAAUUUUCACCAACGUCUAGAAUCUGGUACUCUCAAAUUACCAAUAGAAAGGAAAUUGGGCAAUUCGGGUAUCUCAGCCCCCUAUGUUUUUGUUGGUGAUGAGGCGUUUCCUCUUAGAAAUCCUCUUAGAAAUUAUCUAAUGAGACCAUUUCCAAGAAACCAAGCACAAGAAACAAACAAGUAA